AUGUCCUCAUGCCAGUCCACGCCACCGCGAUCAGAAUCCAGCGAAAACAUCAUAGUUUUCGAAAGCCACCGCGCCAGCGAAGAAGCCAACCCAGCCCCCAACCAGGAAUACUCGCUGUCGUGCCCCACCGACGAGACCUCCAUCUACAAUGCCGCGCGAACCAACUCCCCCAUCGAAGGCUAUCCCCGCCACUCAGAGCCAGGCAGCACAGUGAAAAACAGCCUGCACGCCCGAGAAGCUGCCAACAUGGCGAUGUUCCUCUCUCGCACAUCGGAGCCCGCAUCCCGUCUAACGCAGCACGGCUCUGACCCCGGCGGUGCGGCGCAGAAGAGCAAAGACCGCUGGUGGCAAUCGCUGUUCUGGUCGGAUAACCACGCGCCAUGCUCGACGGAUAGUGAGAAAGAUGAAGAAGAGGUCUCGUCGCCGGAUGAGUCGUCGCGGACGACCCUCUCUAGUCGGCGCCAACACCUGAAAGCCGCGAGUCUCGAUGAUACUGUGUCCACUGCUCGGAUGUCGAAGUGGCCGGGGGAUGUUGGGUCGCCUGUGAGUCCGGCGCAGCCUAAGUAUCCACCGCCGGUGAGGCCGGCUACGCCGCCGGGACUGCCGUCGUUUGGGACGCCGGAGGCGAUGUGUUUUGCGACGCAGUAUGCUGUUCGUUCUGCGCCGUCUCAUCGGCAGGGUCGGAGGGGGGACCAGCCCUCCACGGGCAGACGUCGCAGGCGCGCUGCUUCAUACGGGGAAUGGUUGCGCAGGCUGUUUGGUUCUUCUGCGGCUGUGCAGACCCGGCCGAACUUGCAGUUGGGUCAGCUUGCCAGGGCGGAGGACGGCACGAUCGUCCAGGGUCGCUUUCCCUAUAGGAAUAGUGCUCACGGGACGCAUAUGGGAGGUAGAGGGUUAGAGAGCCAUCCGUUCCAUCGAGGGACGCUUCCCGUCGCGGAGUGCAGUCUUGUCAACGGUGCUGCUGCAUCCCUUACCCGAGGUGGUCACGGCGCGAGGCAGCGAGGCGGUAUCUUGCUGGACUGGCGGACCCCAAGUCCCAACCGUGAAGCGGGUGUUAACUCCCCAGCCCCGAAAGGUGCCCUCGCUGCUCUCCUCCGCCAUGUAGCAGCGUCAACAGGCCCAGCAAGCCGACCCUCAGCCCGCACUACCUGUCCGCCCCUCUCACAUUACCACUCCUGCUCCUCCCAGCCCAUCACAGCCCAGCCCCGCGCAUCCAGAGCAGUCCUAGGCUACACCGUCGACCCCUCAACAGUCUGCUCACUAAUAACAACACGAUCACCCCCAGACCAACAAAACCCCCAAACCGACGACCAACACGAAGACACGAGUCUCUGGCACCAGUCCAAACAGCUCAUCAACACCUACCUCUGCUGCUCCUGCAGCUCCGCCCCCGAGCAAGACACACUCUUCUACCCGUCCAACGAGACCUACAUGACCGCCCACGGCUGGAUUUCGAAUGUCAAUAGCGUCGAGAACGCCCGCGGAAACUCUAAUGUGGGUAAUGAUACCGUGCGUGUGAAUCGAGACGGUGGACGCUGGUGGGGUUUGGGGGGUGCGUGGAGGUCGUUUAAAGGGUUUGCGGCGAGGAAUGUGCUGGUUGUUGAUAGUGUGAUUGCUUAG